AUGUCUUCCGAACCAUUCUUCCAAAGAAGCAUUUCUACCCGUCUCCCUCAACCUGGAUCGCUGGAUUUCAUAAACAGACCCAAUCCAGUUGAGCCUAGUGAUUUAAGCCAUGGCAAUUUCGAUGGAAGCACUCGCGAACUCGACCGGACGACUAAUGAGCAGCUCCACCCCUUUUUGCUCGGUGACCGAUUGCGCCAACGUAACGAUAUUGCUCCGGAGGCCACAAGGCUCGCAAGACGCUCGCCUCACCAACUGUCUGGCUCGUCAAUCGCUGCUGUACUCAAUGAUGAAGACUCGCCUCCCCGAUUGGGAGACCAUAGCUCCAUCAGGCGAGAUGUUGACCAGGGAAUGUUCACGUUGCCAAAACUUCCAGCCAAGAGACAUGCAAAGCGUCACCGUGUACCUCCUGUUCUACAAGGGCUCCACCAGCCUCCUCCUGAUGCUGGUCUCCUACCUUCUAUCAGUACAGAAGAGUCACAGGUCUUCAUGUCCACUUCAAGGAGCAGCAAUAGUAUGACUCUGCCCUACCCCGUCGACGACACAACUACAAGUGUCACCCAAGCAGAAGCCGCGACAUCUAUCGAACCAACUGGAGACAUGCCAGAAAAACGCUCGAGACGUAACUUGUGGACUGACCAGGAGACCGAUGAUCUGCUUGCAGGAGUAUCUAGAUUCGGUAUCGGCAGCUGGAAGAAAAUAUUGUUCUGCUCAGACUAUCAAUUUCACAAGCGAACUGCUGUCGACCUAAAAGACAGAUUCCGAGUUUGCCGGCCUGAAGCUUAUGGUGGUGCAAGAAAAACGAGGAAAGCCAAAAGAGCACUCACGGAGGAGGAAAUGGCCACCAAAAAACCGAGGAAGGCAAAGAAAGCAAAGAUCACAGAGGAAGUUGUUCCGCAGGACCAGCAAACUACUGCAGUCGACCCGACCUUGUGGAAGGCGCGACGUCGCCCGAGACGUAACUUCACGGACGAAGAAGACCGUGCUCUGCUCAAAGGCUUCCAGGAACAGGGUCCCUCUUGGGUCUCUAUUUGCAAAGAUGAGGCUUUCAAAGAGCACGGCAGAACUUCAACAGAUUUGCGUGACCGUCUGAGGACGAGGUUUCCAGAGCAGUAUGCACAAGCGGGUCUAGCAUCUCGACCAGCCAUACCUAAGCCUGCCAAACGGACGUGUGCUACGAGACAGGAUCCAAAGAGGCCUGAAGAGCCGACUCAGACAACCACUUCUGCGGAUGCUCUCUCGAAGGACAGCCAAACCAAGUCGUCAAGUGACUUGCUGGAAAGAGUGAGCUCGCGAACUGGUCUUACAUAUACUCUGCCUUUACCGAGCUUUGGAGACGACUUGCUCUCGAGUUUCAGCUACCUAGAUGAUGAUGAAGAAGGGGAUCCGAUAGUGUUGGAUCGCAGCAUUAUGGAUUGGGCGAACAACAACUUGUCACAGCUCAACCGCCAGUCACAAGCUCAGGUGACUGACAGUCUUCCACAUCCUGACAUAGACCCUCUUGUCACGUUGAAGUUGCCAGAGCCAGGGCUAUCCUGA